CACCACCACCUCCACCAUCACCACCGCUGCGUAAUCAGGCAGGUCCAGGGCUGAAGGGCACCGAGCCACACGGGCUUUUUCUUAGUGAUAAGACUCCUUGGAAAGAAGAGGACAGAAAACCAGCGAGCGGACCUGCGACGUUAUUUCAGCGUGCGAGCCGCACUUUUUUUGUGUGUUUGACGCGUCACUUGUCGAGAGAAUCCUAUUGGAUAUAUUUGAAAGAAAAGCUGGACAUCCUUGGAAUAAUUGAAACACUCUUUUUCUUUUUGGAGUGUCUUAUAUAGUUUUGGUCUUUAGAAGUUUGUGACCUGGAAAAUGUCGUAAAGUUAUUUUUGUAGACGUGUGAACUCUUGCGCUUUUAGCCGUAAAAACGCGCACUUGUGCGCAAGCCGGACAUAAAAACAGAAGACUGGAGCACAUCGUCAAGACAAAGCGCCUGAAUUAAAAAAAACUUGUAGGAUUAUCCAUUCAUCAAGCAAAGCGGAGCUCACCCCCCUUUUUUUGUUGGUAUCUUGCCGGGCACCUUAAGGCGCGUACUCCCCGGCUCAGCAAGUGCGCGUUCCUCACCCUCUUCCUCGGAUAUCUCUACCGGAGGAGCAGACGGGGACUGUCGCGCUUCCAUAAAUGCCCGGUCCGUCGAAGAGGCUCCAGGCUGGGCAGCAAGAUGAGCUCGUUGGUGCAGCUGCUGCUCGCGUUGCUGGCGGCGUGUCCGCGGUUUGGCGCAACCGAGGGGGAUCCUCUGCCUGCAGCCCUGGUGGAGCUGGUUAGAAACAGCCCCAUCGCCUCCAUAGAGGACCUUCAGCUGCUGCUGCUCACUGACUCCGUAGAUGAGGAGGACGGGAUUGCAGCCAAUGGAGGUCAUAGACUACCAAGGAGCCUCGAUGCCCAGCUGGCUCAGCAAGCUCAGUGCAAAGUUCGUACCGAGGUGGUCGAGGUCACCCGGGAGAUGUUGGACCGCAGCAAUGGUCACUUCAUGCUGUGGCCGCCCUGCGUCGAGGUGCAGCGCUGCUCCGGUUGCUGCAACACUAAGAGCAUGCGCUGCGCCCCUGUCGUCACGCACACCAGAUACUUGCAGGUCCUGAAGAUCGAGUACGUCAACAAAAGACCCACCUACGUUAACGCCGUGGUGUCGGUCGUCGACCAUGUGGAGUGCCGAUGUCAGCCGGCUGCGCGCCACCCUGCGCCCAAGAAGAAAUCGUUGCGCAGACAGCCAAGCCACCAGCAUCAAAACCACACACUCAGCCAGGGACAAGGACAGGUCAAGGUGCACUCCAAGGAUGAACUCCACCAGUGGGAUGAUCUGAAGCAGAACCAGAGGGCACACCUGGAGGACCUCCUGGAGCAGCACUGGAGUCCCAGAGGAGACACCUUCACUCAGCCUGGAGACGUUUACAGCCUGGCUGAGAAAGAUCCAUCCCGCAUUGGAGAGGCUGUGGUUUUUUCUCCACUUUGGGAGCAAAAUGCCACCACGCUUCUUGAGACUAAAGACCAAAUUGAAAAUCUGGAUGACGUGCAGAGUGAAAAUGCAAGGAUCUCAUUUGUCAACAAGACUGUUUCCUCGGUGGAUAAUGUUGGCGAGGAAGUAAAGAACGAGCUGGUGGAGGGAGGAGACGGAUUGCUGCUCCUCAGCACCGAAGGGAACGUUAACGAGGGAAACGGUAGCAGGGAAGAAGGCACGGAAAUACACAGUCCAUCGUGGCAAGACGAAAAAUCCAAACUUUCGAGGAGUGGAUCUUCUCACCCUGGUAACCAGAAUCCUGAAACUGAGUUCAGUCCUACUGAGGCGCCCAGUGAGAUAGUUGGGAUCAGGUUAAGAGCGACCAAAGAGCCAAAUCCAGAGCCUCGAGAACAGGCGAGACGGAGAGACAAUGGCACUCCUGAGGAGGUGAGGAUAUUACAGACCGAGGAGGAAAAACUGCAGCAGGAGAGAAAAGAGCUUCUACUUCUCCACAAGAGGCUGGACCAAGAGAAGGAGAUACUGAGACGCCAGCAGUUGAAACGAGAAGAGCAGGAAAGGCAGAAAGAAAAGGAAACUGGUAGCCAACAUCACCUGCAUGGUAAACAUCAUCAUCAUCUGCAAACAACCACACAAAAUCCAGCAACAACAUCUACGAGUACCACAAAGCAGCCAGCGGUUCACACAGGCCCCAGACCCCCAACACGCCCGAAGAAAAGGAUGAGGAAGAAUCGCAAACGAAUCAGCAAGGCAGCUAUGAGAGCAAUGCUCAUGUAGAGGUCAAGUAAAGCCAAGAGGCCAAGUGAACUUGGCGUAUUUUGCGGAUUCAGAGGUGAAGCAGAGUGACUCCCUUCAUUUAAGUACUUAUUCACUCCGUAACACUACUAACGACUGUCUGGUGAAACCUGUAACUCCACCUGCCUGGAGAAAGCACGGCGGCAAGAAGACAAUGGAAUAUAAAUAAAAGAGGGACCUUGUCUUGCCUCUACAACAACUGUUGCCGGUAUGAAGACUGACAGUUUGCGCCAAAGCGCAGAACCUGUGGGACUGAAACUGCAUCGCUUCAGGACUGUGGACAAUAGUGCAAUUUCAGAACUCUUCUUGAAACCUUGUUUCGAUAUCAACUGAAAGAAACCGCCCUUAGAUGUCGACAAAUGGGGGUUAAAUGGGGUUCGCAUAACAAAGUCUGUUGCUGAAAGACUGUUUUGAAAGCCACAAUCAGCCACAAUAAUUGACAUGAAAUUGGACAUUACACUUUUGUGUUUAUUGAAAAUUUACUUUAAUCAGAUUGUCUUAGUGGCAAUAAUCUGCAACAAGAAACAGAUGUUCACUGAAAUGAGCAGUAUUUCCACGAGCUACACGAAGAUGAAGCUGUGUAGAUUGACCUGUUAUCAAUUAUUAGCUCCGUAGAACAGCGAUGGUUCCCUCAUUAACCGUAUUUAAUUAUAUUUAACUCAUUGCAAACACUGGAAUUACACAGAUGUGAUAAGAGAACAAAAAGAUGAAUUGGUGCAUUUCAAAAUCUCAUCAAAGGUGUAAAGAACAAGGUGCUAUCUGAAUAGCGUUACACCAGUGUCCUGACGUCGCUCUAUGAUUCUUAUUUAUUUAUCACUGCCAUUUUCUUUGGAUUUUUUUUUUACACGACAUACUACAAACUAUAUGUGGUUUUGUCACGGCUGGGUGGUUCAAACAGAAAGAAAGACAUCAAGAUUAAAAAAAGAUCAAACACUUCUGUGUCCUUCCAGGUUCAUGCAGUGUUUAACUUGCAACAUUUAUUUUGUUUUGACUAAAAGUGCUGUUGUGUGUGUGUGUCAGGGCUUAGGCCCACACCUACAAUGCUCUCAUGCGUCUCAAUACUCAUGUAAAAGCAUUAAUCUCUUUGUUUUGGUCUCUUUCUCUCCUUUUCAAUGAAACAAGCGCCAAGCUACACAUGUUUCUUCACGUGUCCCAUUGAAUUUGUUUUAUUAAUCCAACAAAUUGUUUUUGACAUUUCAAUUACUGGAAAUGAGAAGGGGCAAAACAAGAAAAUGAAGAGUUUCUUAGGAGGACAGCUAAAAGCUGAACAUGGCAAAUUUUGUGUGGAAACAUGCCGAUGAUCCUAUUUGUGUCCAAUAAUCCAUAAUCGGACAAAUAUCUUAAGUUAUUAAAAAUACGACCCGCACGUUCUUAAUGCCAACCUACAACUGUUACUGUUUUUGUCUGUUUUGUUAUGACAAAAAAUGAGAUUUUUGCAAUAAUUAAUGCUAUUUUCAUAUGGGUAUGAAAAGCUAAUGUUCUUAAAUCUACUUGUUUGUCUACA